CCCAAAGAGCCCAUUUCUUUCUUCUCCAGGAGAACAAAAAUUUCUGUAACAAAGAAAAGAGCAGAGAGAAUCAAGAAGCAGAAAUGGCAGUUCUUGGUCUAUCUACUGCCUUCUCUCCCCCAAGAGGUUCUUGGAUAGCUGUGAGGCUCAGGAAUGGCGCCGCCGGGCGGAGUAGCGGGGGCCUGUCCCUUAGGAGGUCCGCCGCCGCCGCCGUCGCCGUCCGCGCGGAGGUGAGCUUCGUGGACGGCGACGAAGCGAAGCGGCUGGUGGCGGAGGAGGGGUACACGGUGCUGGACGUCCGGGACCGGCGGCAGUACGAGAGGGCGCACGUCAGGGCCUCCGCCCACGUCCCGCUCUACAUCGAGAACGAGGACAACGACAUUGGUACUACUACUACAUACUGCGCGCUACGUGCAGAGCUCGCACUCCGGCACACUUGUUUAUCCUGCAGUUUCUUCAAGAAUUUCAGUGUGUUCUUCUCUGCCAGGAACGAUCAUCAAGCGGCAAGCGCACAACAACUUCGCCGGCCUCUUCUACGGCCUGUCCUUCACCAAGCUCAACCGGGACUUCACCAAGACGGUGAGGAGCAAGUUCUCGCCGGAGAGCAAGCUGCUGGUCGUCUGCCAGGAAGGCCUCAGGUCCACAGCGGCUGCAGAUGCAUUGGAGCGAGAGGGCUUCCAGAACCUGGCCUGCAUCACCUCGGGUCUUCAGACAUUGAAACCAGGAACGUUCGAGACCGUCGGCGAAGCCGAGCUGCAGAAUGCGGGGAAAGCCGGCCUUGUGACCAUCCAGGGGAAGAUCUCCAUAGUUCUUGGGACUGUCUUGAUAACUUUGUUGUUGCUCAUAACAGUGUUCCCGGACCAGGCUGAGCAGAUCUUCGAGUUGGCUGGCAUCAAAUUGUGAUUAGAAUCGCUGCUCUUCUAGUUACUCUCUUGAGUUCAUAUUUUUCACUGUCAGGUUAAGUGUAUCAGUAGGUGUACUUGGUGGGAUAUCUUCAGACUGAAAAAGGAUGUUAGGCUCCAUGUGUAAUAUUUAGGGACUUUCUGAAAAUUCUACUACUGUGUAUUUUGGCUCAAGUAAUUUGUUUUUCUCACAUACACCCUUUUCUGUGUCAAUUGUAGUUCUAUCGAUAAAUUUUGUGCCGUUUCAAGUAAAAAGAAGAAUUGUGUUCAACUCA